GGAAGAAAUCAGAGGAAACUGCCCUGGGGAGAGAGACAGAGAAAGAAAGCUGUGCUAAGAGAAAAGAUACCAAGCUGAAACUACAUCAAGCUUCAAUAUCCUCUGCUGGCUCCCAGGAAGCAGCACCACCAUGGAACACAACAACAAUGGAACAGAUCUCACUGCCGGCCUCAUCUCCUCGGCUGUAGCUGUUGUCUUAUUUGGGUCCAACUUUGUUCCAGUUAAGAAAUUUGAUACUGGCGAUGGAAUGUUUCUUCAAUGGAUUCUCUGUGCUGCCAUAUGGACAGUUUCCUUAGUGGUCAAUCUGUUACUCCAUUGUCCAAAGUUUUGGCCUCUCGCAAUGCUUGGGGGUUGUGUUUGGGCCACAGGUAACAUCACUGUCGUCCCUAUUGUUAAAACAAUUGGUUUAGGCCUUGGACUUUUAAUCUGGGGAUCAUUUAACUCACUGACAGGCUGGGCAAGCUCAAGGUUUGGGUGGUUUGGAAUGGAUCCUGAAGACAUAUCAAGGCCUCUGCUAAAUUACAUUGGAGCUGGACUUUCAGUGAUAAGUGCUGUCAUAUUUUUGUUUAUAAAAAGUGAAAUACCAAGUUCAACAAGUUCCUUGGACACCACACCAUUACUAACUGAACGCGCAAUCAACUGCACUCAGACUAAUGGCCUGGAUUAUUUAUGGACCAAAAACCUUUCUCAAUUACAAAACAGAAUAUUAGGCUGUGUUCUGGCAGUUACAUCUGGAAUCCUCUAUGGAUGCAGUUUUGUUCCAAUAAUUUAUAUCAAGGACCAUGGCAAAAGGAAUGACAGCAUAUAUGCAGGGUCUAGUCAAUAUGAUUUGGAUUAUGUCUUUGCACACUUCAGUGGUAUCUUUGUUACAAGCACUCUCUAUUUCCUGGCCUACUGCAUGAUCAUGAAAAAUAAUCCCAAAGUUUAUCCUCAAGCAAUAUUACCAGGGUUUUUUUCUGGAGUACUUUGGGCAAUAGCUAGUUGCUGCUGGCUCAUAGCUAAUCAUUCUCUAAGUGCUGUGGUCAGUUUUCCAAUAAUCACUGCAGGUCCAGGAAUUAUAGCUGCAAUGUGGGGUAUCUUUGUAUUUAAGGAAAUAAAGGGUAUUAAAAAUUAUCUAUUAAUAACACUUGCAUUUUGCAUCAUAUUGGCUGGAGCCUUAGCCACUGCUUUUUCUAAAGUUGAAAUGAAUAACCAGCAGAUGGCAGCAGUAAUUAAUCAAACUCCCCUGAUAUGAAGGUGCUGCUAGAGAGACCUGAUAUUUUUAAAGAAGAAACAGAAGUUAAUUUCAUAACACAAGAAGAAAUAAACUGCUGUCUGUGCCUAUAAUUACAAAACCGUUUUUUCACUUGUUUGAAGAACAUGGGAAGAAAGAAACUCACUGUGUGUGAAAUAUUUAUGAACAAAGAAAAGGUCAUCUGGCCUCCAAAUGGAAAGAACAUCUGUAGGGCUUUAAUGAAUGUCCAAAAGAUAUUGCAGUCUUUCCUGGAUUAUUUUCAGGAUUUUUAGUGAUUUUUUUUCCCGGAGAUGGAUAGCCCAAGUCCAAGUUUUCUUAUCAUUAUCUCCAUUUUGAGUGGGGUGGGGACAUUAUUGUCUCUGUGGUAAUUCUCUGAUGUGGAACCAUGAUACGAUUCUAUACAUUGUUUAGCCCCAACUGUGUCCAUAAUCAGUGAGUUUAUUGUUUGAACUAUCCCAACUCAGUAGCUUAGAGUGUAUUAUUUUCUUUUUUUUAAUGAGGCAAUAGUAGAUUCCAAAGAUGUCCAAAUUCUUUCUAGAAAAAAUAUUAGUCUUAGUAACUGAAUGUAUUUUAUUAUUUUAAAAUGUUUGAACUCUGACUAUUACAUAACAAUAAAAAGAGAAAUACCAAAACUUGCACUUGCGAAUGAGUUUUGUCCUUCAAAGUAGUCCACUUCAGAAUCUGUACAUUUAUUCUUAUGAUGCUUCAAUUACUUGAAACAUUUUUGAAACUCUUGUUUUGGAAUUGCCUUCAGAGACAGUUGAUGUACCCAUACAAGAAAGUAGUCCCGUUAGAUUGUAAUCACUACCCAUUUUUAAUCAAAAUGAGUAUUGUCCAACCUAAUCACCUACCUCAUUCACCAGAACUAAUUCCAAAUGAAUGUUUCUGGUAUUCAAGAGCCCAAAAGGUGAGAAUUUGCCAUCAUUGAAGAUAUUUAAAAGAACGUACCAUAGACUCUUAAGAAAAUUCUAAAAGAGGUCUUCUCAAAAAUUUUCAAGCACCAUUGAAAUCAUUCAGCCUCUCAACAUGAUUCAGAUUAAA